UCCGCCGCACCACUCCCUUUCUCUGCAAUGACCUAAAGCAGCAGCUCUGCAAGGCUAUGAACAAGCAAGUAAGCAAUGCAGACCCGACCUGAACCACUUGGGGCUCGUCCAAGGGGAGCGUCUUUUUUUUCUGCCGACUGGAGACUGUGUCAGCAGUUGAUUCUAACCAAGCUGCACUUUUAGUGCAUUCCCGGAAAAAAAAACCCACACUCAACGCUUCUGUCUUCUGCACUCGGACUGAUUCUUCAAGGCAGCCUUUCUCAAAGGAACCAGAGAAGCUGCCUCUUCUCUUCUCUCUUUCUUUCCCUCUGUUAUUGCUGCGCCAACUAAUCCACCAAGAUGUGUGACUGCUUUCAUCUCGUACUUCCUAACUGGCCAGGAUCUCCAGCCAGUGUAUCAGGUACACAGCUGAGACCUGAAGAUACAGAGGCAGAUGGUGAGGCCGAUGCAGAAGAUGAUUCUAUCAGUGAAGUGACAACUGAAAGUAUAAGACCUAGGCCACAAGGAUCUUCUCCAGUGUAUGAAUAUUGCAUAGAAGACGAAUAUUUUAACAAAAAGCUUCAGCAAGAUAUAGAGAACAGACAAAGAAGAGAAUCAACCUUCAAAAUGAGUGACUCACAGGAAUCUAUGGAAGUGACAUUACAAACAGAAGUGGAAUCUGGCGCAAGUGGAUUCAGUGUGGUUGGUGGGGGAGCCGAAGGCCUAUUUGUGAAGCAAGUGCUUAAGGAGUCCUCAGCAUCAAAACUAUUUAGUCUAAGAGAAGGUGAUCAGCUUUUGAGCGCCACGAUCUUUUUUGAUAACAUCAAAUAUGAAGAUGCACUUAAAAUACUACAAUAUUCUGAACCAUACAAAGUACAGUUCAGUCUUAAAAGAAAACUUGUUGGGAAAGAUGAGCUGGAAACAAUACAUUCUGCAACACAGUCCAAAAAGGAAAAAUUAAGUCAGGGAAUGGAUACAAUGGAAAUAUCUGAGAAGACAAUCUCAGAAGAAGAUAAAGCAAACUUAAUUGUAAAACAAAGAGUGGGAAGACAAAAAAGAACCAAGAAGGAUAGACUCUCAUGGCCAAAAUUCCAGUCCAUUAAAGGAAAGAAGAUUUUGGGACACAGAAGAUCUCGAAGUACAUCAGAUGCAUAUGAACAUGGAAUUCCAGAUGUUUCUCCCACAAGCACCGAUACAGAAUCACAAUUCCAGCCAGAAGAAAUUCAUGGGAAAAUGAAAAAACAAAGCCAAAAGAAACUAAAGUUUCCAACUAUUGGAUUCAAGAUGCACAAAAGUAAACAAGAACCAUAUGAAAUAAAUCCAUUCAAAGAAUAUGAGAAUGAUACUACUAUGGAGCUCUCAGAAGUAAUGACAAGAGAGUAUACUUCAUUAAAUGUAGACAGAAAAUCAAAAGAAAAAGAGCCAAAAAGAGGUGUAUCAGACACAGUAUUUCCAAUUCCACAACAUACACAAAAAUACCCUGCUAUUGAAGUAACUAUUACAAAACCCAAAGAGAAGAAACUAAAACCCAAUAUAGAAUUUACAAAACAAGAACCUACAGUUGUAAAAACACAGAUGAAAACAGCAGUAAUUCAUACUAAAGACAUUACAGACUCUCAGAUCAAAGUUUCACAAAAUAUUCCAAAAAUAAGGAAAAAAAAGCUAAAAGAUUCAAAAGUACAACUUGAAACCCAAUAUCCAAAAGAGGAAAAAGGAAAAGAAACAAAUAUUGCUAGCAAGUAUGUAUUACCACAAACUGAAGGUCCCAAAGUUGAGGUGGAUAUCAAAAUGCCUAAAAUGGAUUUCUCCCUUCCCAAAGCUGACCAUAAGGCUACCAAACCUGAGCUUACUGCUGAUAUCAACAUCUCAUUAUCUGACGUAAAGUCAAUAGCAGGCCAGGGCAUUUUGGAAUUGAAAACACCAGACCGAGAAAGAAAUAUUCUAUCAGAAGAAAUUCCUGCAGAAAGCUCAGCCAUUACCCUAGAAGAUAAAGAAACUAAGUUUAACAUGUUAAAAUUACAAAUGCCCAAAUUUGGGGUUUCACUUCCCAAAGGGAAAGGUGUUCCAGAGGAAGAACAGUCCAUAUCUUCCAUAGAGGCAGACCUCCCCAAAACAUUUGCAGAGAUUGAAGCCAACAUUAACUUGACAGAAGUUGACAUACAGGGCCCCAGCUUGGACAUGGAGAUUAGAGAUAAGGGCAAAAUCAAAAUGCCUGCACUGAAGAUGCCUAGUGUCAAGGUCGCCAAACUGAAACCGCCAGAAGUAGGGAUCGCCGUGCCAAAGAUUGAGGCUGAUGUUACCCUUCCCAAACAAAAAGUUGAAGGGUCUGAUGCUGCAGCAGUUGUACAAUUGCCAGAGCCUAAAGGCACCAUUGAUGAGAGAGGACUGAAGAUACACAUGCCUAGUGUCAAGGUCCAUGUUGAGAAACCUGAGGUGAAAGGAGGAGACAUUACAAAAUCAGCACCUGAAGUAAAGAUUCCAAUGGGUUCAGCCAGCUUGGAACUGAAAGCUCCCGACAUACCCGUAGCGCCUGCCUCCGGAAAGGUUUCUGUGCAGGGCCCCGAUGUCAAACUGGAAAGUGGGGAUAUAAAAUUCCAAAUGCCUAAGUUCCAUAUGCCCAAAUUUGGAAUUUCACUGCCCAAAGGGACAGGUAUUCCAGAGGCAGAAAUCGGCAUCCCUUCUGUGGAAGCAGACUUACCAAAGACAGAAUUGAAAACAGAAAUAACAUUGCCCUCUGCGCAGCUUGAAGCUGAUCUUAAGCUGCCCGAAGUGGAGGUAGGUGCACCUAGCUUGGACGUGGAGAUUGGAGAUAAGGGCAAAAUCAAAAUGCCUGAAGCAAAGAUACCUAGUGUCAAAGUCUGCAAGGUCAAAGGGCCAGAAGUAGGGAUCUCCCUGCCAAAGGUUGAGGCUGAUGUCGCCCUUCCCAAUGUAAAAGCUGAAGUGUCUGAUGGUGCAGAGAUAAAAUUGCCAGAGGCUGAAGGCACCAUCGAUAGGGGAGGACUAAAGAUACACAUGCCAAAGUUCAAGAUGCCCAGCAUGGGAUUCUCCAAACCAGACAUCAAGGGCCCCAAAGUUGAUGUGGAUGUCAGUAUGCCUAAAGUGGAUCUUUCUCUUCCCGAAGCUGAGCUCCAUCUUAAGAAACCUGAGGUAAAAGGACGAGAUAUUACCAUAUCAGCACCUGAAGUAAAGAUUCCAACGGACUCGGUCAGCCUGGAACUGAAAGCUACCGACAUAGCCAUAGAGCCUCCAUCAGGAAAGGUUUCUGUGCAGGGCCCCGAUGUCAAGCUGAAAAGCGGGGAUAGGAAGUUCCAAAUGCCUAAGUUCCAUAUGCCCAAAUUUGGAAUUUCGCUGCCCAAAGGGAAAGGUGUUCCAGAGGGAGAAAUCGGCAUCCCUUCUAUGGAAGCAGACCUGCCCAAGACAGAAUUGAAAACGGAAAUAACAUUGCCCUCUGCACAGCUUGAAGCUGAACUUAAGCUGCCAGAAGUGGAGGUAGAUGCACCUAGCUUGGACAUGGAAAUUGGAGAUAAGGGCAAAAUCAAAAUGCCUGAAGCAAAGAUUCCUAGCAUCAAGGUUCGCAAGCUCAAAGAGCCAGAAGUUGGUAUCUCCCUGCCAAAGGUUGAGGCUGAUGUCACCGUUCCCAAAGUAAAAGCUGAGGUGUCUGAUGGUGCAGAGGCCAUAAAAUUACCAGAGGCUGAAGGCACCAUGGAUAGGGGCGGACUAAAGAUACACAUGCCAAAGUUCAAGAUGCCUAGCAUGGGAUUCUCCAAACCAGACAUCAAGGGCCCAAAAAUCGAUGUGGAUGUCAGUAUGCCUAAAGUGGAUCUUUCCCUUCCCGAAGCUGAGCUCCAUAUUCAGAAACCUGAGGUGAAAGGAGGAGAUAUUACCAUAUCAACAGCUGAAGUAAAGAUUCCAACGGACUCGGUCAGCUUGGAACUGAAAGCUCCCGACAUAGCCUUAGAGCCUGCAUCCGGAAAGGUUUCUAUGCAGGGCCCCGAUGUCAAACUGGAAAGUGGUGAUAUGAAAUUCCAAAUGCCUAAGUUCCAUAUGCCCAAAUUUGGAAUUUCACUGCCUAAAGGGACAGAUAUUCCAGAGGCAGAAAUUGGCAUCCCUUCUGUGGAAGCAGACUUACCAAAGACAGAAUUUAAAACGGAAAUAACAUUGCCCUCUGCACAGCUUGAAGCUGAUCUUAAGCUGCCUGAAGUGGAGGUAGGUGCACCUAGCUUGGACGUGGAGAUUGGAGAUAAGGGCAAAAUUAAAAUGCCUGAAGCAAAGAUAUCCAAGGUCCCCAAAGUCAAAGGGCCAGAGGUAGGGAUCUCCCUGCCAAAGGUUGAGGCUGAUGUCACCGUUCCCAAAGUAAAAGUUGAAGUGUGUGAUGGUGCAGAGGCUGUAAAAUUACCAGAGGCUGAAGGCACCAUCGACAGGGGAGGACUGAAGAUACACAUGCCAAAGUUCAAGAUGCCCAGCAUGGGAUUCUCCAAACCAGACAUCAAGGACCACAAAGUCGAUGUGGAUGUCAGUAUGCCUAAAGUGGACAUUUCUCUUCCUGAAGCUGAGAUCCGGAUUGAGAAACCUGAAGUGAAGGGAGGAGACAUUACCAUUUCAGCACCUGAAGUAAAGAUUCCAACAGACUCGGACAGCCUGGAACUGAAAACUCCCGACAUAGCCAUAGAGCCUCCAUCUGGAAUGGUUUCUGUGCAGGGCUCUGAUGUCAAGCUGGAAAGCGGAGAUAGGAAGUUCCAAAUGCCCAAGUUCCAUAUGCCCAAAUUUGGAAUUUCAUUGCCCAAAGGGAAAGGUGUCCCAGAGGCAGAAACCGAGGUUCCUUCUAUGGAAGCAGAACUGCCCAAGACAAAAAUGAAAAGGGAAAUAACACUGCCCUCUGCACAGCUUGAAGCUGAACUUAAGCUGCCAGAAGUGGAGGUAGAUGCACCUAGCUUGGACAUGGAAAUUGGAGAUAAGGGCAAAAUCAAAAUGCCUGAAGCAAAGAUUCCUAGCAUCAAGGUCCCCAAAGUCAAAGGGCCAGAGGUAGGGAUCUCCCUGCCAAAGGUUGAGGCUGAUGUCACCGUUCCCAAAGUAAAAGCUGAAGUGUGCGAUGGUGCAGAGGCCGUAAAAUUGCCAGAGACUGAAGGCACCAUGGAUAGGGGCGGACUAAAGAUACACAUGCCAAAGUUCAAGAUGCCCAGCAUGGGAUUCUCCAAACCAGACAUCAAGGGCCCCAAAGUCCAUGUGGAUGUCAGUAUGCCUAAAGUGGAUCUUUCCCUUCCCGAAGCUGAGCUCCAUGUUAAGAAACCUGAGGUGAAAGGACGAGAUAUUACCAUAUCAGCACCUGAAGUAAAGAUUCCAACGGUCUCAGCCAGCUUGGAACUGAAAGCUCCCGACAUAGCUGUAGAGCCUGCAUCCGGAAAGGUUUCUAUGCAGGGCCCCGAUGUCAAACUGGAAAGUGGGGAUAUGAAAUUCCAAAUGCCCAAGUUCCAUAUGCCCAAAUUUGGAAUUUCACUGCCCAAAGGGACAGGUAUUCCAGAGGCAGAAAUUGGCAUCCCUUCUGUGGAAGCAGACUUACCAAAGACAGAAUUUAAAACGGAAAUAACAUUGCCCUCUGCACAGCUUGAAGCUGAUCUUAAGCUGCCCGAAGUGGAGGUAGGUGCACCUAGCUUGGACAUGGAGAUUGGAGAUAAGGGCAAAAUUAAAAUGCCUGAAGCAAAGAUACCCAAGGUCCCCAAAGUCAAAGGGCCAGAGGUAGGGAUCUCCCUGCUAAAGGUUGAGGCUGAUGUCACCGUUCCCAAAGUAAAAGCUGAAGUGUGUGAUGGUGCAGAGGCUGUAAAAUUACCAGAGGCUGAAGGCACCAUCGACAGGGGAGGACUGAAGAUACACAUGCCAAAGUUCAAGAUGCCCAGCAUGGGAUUCUCCAAACCAGACAUCAAGGACCACAAAGUCGAUGUGGAUGUCAGUAUGCCUAAAGUGGAUAUUUCUCUUCCUGAAGCUGAGAUCCAGAUUGAGAAACCUGAAGUGAAGGGAGGAGACAUUACCAUUUCAGCACCUGAAGUAAAGAUUCCAACAGACUCGGACAGCCUGGAACUGAAAGCUCCCGAUGUAGCCAUAGAGCCUCCAUCUGGAAAGGUUUCUGUGCAGGGCUCUGAUGUCAAGCUGGAAAGCGGAGAUAGGAAGUUCCAAAUGCCCAAGUUCCAUAUGCCCAAAUUUGGAAUUUCACUGCCCAAAGGGACAGAUAUUCCAGAGGCAGAAAUUGGCAUCCCUUCUGUGGAAGCAGACUUACCAAAGACAGAAUUUAAAACGGAAAUAACAUUGCCCUCUGCACAGCUUGAAGCUGAUCUUAAGCUGCCCGAAGUGGAGGUAGGUGCACCUAGCUUGGACGUGGAGAUUGGAGAUAAGGGCAAAAUUAAAAUGCCUGAAGCAAAGAUACCCAAGGUCCCCAAAGUCAAAGGGCCAGAGGUAGGGAUCUCCCUGCUAAAGGUUGAGGCUGAUGUCACCGUUCCCAAAGUAAAAGCUGAAGUGUGUGAUGGUGCAGAGGCUGUAAAAUUACCAGAGGCUGAAGGCACCAUCGACAGCGGAGGACUGAAGAUACACAUGCCAAAGUUCAAGAUGCCCAGCAUGGGAUUCUCCAAACCAGACAUCAAGGACCACAAAGUCGAUGUGGAUGUCAGUAUGCCUAAAGUGGACAUUUCUCUUCCUGAAGCUGAGAUCCGGAUUGAGAAACCUGAAGUGAAGGGAGGAGACAUUACCAUUUCAGCACCUGAAGUAAAGAUUCCAACAGACUCGGACAGCCUGGAACUGAAAGCUCCCGACGUAGCCAUAGAGCCUCCAUCUGGAAAGGUUUCUGUGCAGGGCUCUGAUGUCAAGCUGGAAAGCGGAGAUAGGAAGUUCCAAAUGCCCAGGUUCCAUAUGCCCAAAUUUGGAAUUUCAUUGCCCAAAGGGACAGGUGUCCCAGAGGCAGAAACCGAUGUUCCUUCUAUGGAAGCAGACCUGCCCAAGACAGAAAUGAAAAUGGAAAUAACACUGCCCUCUGCACAGCUUGAAGCUGAACUUAAGCUGCCAGAAGUGGAGGUAGAUGCACCUAGCUUGGACAUGGAAAUUGGAGAUAAGGGCAAAAUCAAAAUGUCUGAAGCAAAGAUGCCUAGCGUCAGGGUCCCCAAGGUCAAAGGGCCAGAGGUUGGUAUCUCCCUGCCAAAGGUUGAGGCUGAUGUCACCAUUCCCAAAGUAAAAGCUGAAGUGUCUGAUGGUGCAGAGGCUGUAAAAUUGCCAGAGGCUGAAGGCACCAUUGAAGGGGCAGGAGUGAAGAUACACAUGCCAAAGUUCAAGAUGCCUAGCAUGGGAUUCUCCAAACCAGACAUCAAGGGCUCCAAAGUCGAUGUGGAUGUCAGUAUGCCUAAAGUGGAUCUUUCCCUUCCCGAAGCUGAGCUCCAUGUUAAGAAACCUGAGGUGAAAGGACGAGAUAUUACCAUAUCAGCACCUGAAGUAAAGAUUCCAACGGGCUCAGCCAGCUUGGAACUGAAAGCUCCCGACGUAGCCGUAGAGCCUACGUCCGGAAAGGUUUCUGUGCAGGGCCCCGAUGUCAAACUAGAAAGUGGGGAUGUGAAAUUCCAAAUGCUCAAGUUCCAUAUGCCCAAAUUUGGAAUUUCACUGCCCAAAGGGACAGGUAUUCCAGAGGCAGAAAUCGGCAUCCCUUCUAUGGAAGCAGACCUGCCUAAGACAGAAUUGAAAACGGAAAUAACAUUGCCUUCUGCACAGCUUGAAGCUGAUCUUAAGCUGCCCGAAAUGGAGAUAGAUGCACCCAGCUUGGAUGUGCAGAUUGGACAUAAGGGCAAAAUGAAAAUUCCUAAAGCAAAGAUGCCUAGCGUCAAGGUCCCCAAGGUCAAAGGGCCAGAAGUAGGGAUCUCCCUGCCAAAGGUUGAAGCUGAUGUCACCGUUCCCAAAGUAAAAGCUGAAGUGUCUGAUGGUGCAGGGGCCAUAAAAUUGCCAGAGGCUGAAGGCACCAUCGAUGGCGGAGGACUGAAGAUACACAUGCCAAAGUUGAAGAUGCCCAGCAUGGGAUUCUCCAAACCAGACAUCAAGGGCCACAAAGUCGAUGUGGAUGUCAGUAUGCCUAAAGUGGACAUUUCUCUUCCUGAAGCUGAGAUCCGGAUUGAGAAACCUGAAGUGAAGGGAGGAGACACUACCAUAUCAGCACCUGAAGUGAAGAUUCCAACAGACUCGGACAGCCUGGAACUGAAAACUCCCGACGUAGCCAUAGAGCCUCCAUCUGGAAAGGUUUCUGUGCAGGGCUCUGAUGUCAAGCUGGAAAGCGGAGAUAGGAAGUUCCAAAUGCCCAAGUUCCAUAUGCCCAAAUUUGGAAUUUCGCUACCCAAAGGGAAAGGUGUCCCAGAGGCAGAAAUCGGCAUCCCUUCUGUGGAAACAGACCUGCCCAAGACAGAAUUGAAAACGGAAAUAACAUUGCCCUCUGCACAGCUUGAAGCUGAACUUAAGCUGCCAGAAGUGGAGGUAGAUGCACCUAGCUUGGACAUGGAAAUUGGAGAUAAGGGCAAAAUCAAAAUGUCUGAAGCAAAGAUACCUAGCGUCAAGGUCCCCAAGGUCAAAGGGCCAGAGGUUGGUAUCUCCCUGCCAAAGGUUGAGGCUGAUGUCACCGUUCCCAAAGUAAAAGCUGAAGUGUGUGAUGGUGCAGAGGCUGUAAAAUUACCAGAGGCUGAAGGCACCAUUGACAGCGGAGGACUGAAGAUACACAUGCCAAAGUUCAAGAUGCCCAGCAUGGGAUUCUCCAAACCAGACAUCAAGGACCACAAAGUCCAUGUGGAUGUCUGUAUGCCUAAAGUGGACAUUUCUCUUCCUGAAGCUGAGAUCCGGAUUGAGAAACCUGAAGUGAAGGGAGGAGACAUUACCAUUUCAGCACCUGAAGUAAAGAUUCCAACAGACUCGGACAGCCUGGAACUGAAAGCUCCCGACGUAGCCAUAGAGCCUCCAUCUGGAAAGGUUUCUGUGCAGAGCUCUGAUGUCAAGCUGGAAAGCGGAGAUAGGAAGUUCCAAAUGCCCAAGUUCCAUAUGCCCAAAUUUGGAAUUUCAUUGCCCAAAGGGAAAGGUGUCCCAGAGGCAGAAACCGAUGUUCCUUCUAUGGAAGCAGACCUGCCCAAGACAGAAAUGAAAAUGGAAAUAACACUGCCCUCUGCACAGCUUGAAGCUGAACUUAAGCUGCCAGAAGUGGAGGUAGAUGCACCUAGCUUGGACAUGGAAAUUGGAGAUAAGGGCAAAAUCAAAAUGUCUGAAGCAAAGAUGCCUAGCGUCAGGGUCCCCAAGGUCAAAGGGCCAGAGGUUGGUAUCUCCCUGCCAAAGGUUGAGGCUGAUGUCACCAUUCCCAAAGUAAAAGCUGAAGUGUCUGAUGGUGCAGAGGCUGUAAAAUUGCCAGAGGCUGAAGGCACCAUUGAAGGGGCAGGAGUGAAGAUACACAUGCCAAAGUUCAAGAUGCCUAGCAUGGGAUUCUCCAAACCAGACAUCAAGGGCUCCAAAGUCGAUGUGGAUGUCAGUAUGCCUAAAGUGGAUCUUUCCCUUCCCGAAGCUGAGCUCCAUGUUAAGAAACCUGAGGUGAAAGGACGAUAUAUUAUCAUAUCAGCACCUGAAGUGAAGAUUCCAACAGACUCGGACAGCCUGGAACUGAAAACUCCCGACGUAGCCAUAGAGCCUCCAUCUGGAAAGGUUUCUGUGCAGGGCUCUGAUGUCAAGCUGGAAAGCGGAGAUAGGAAGUUCCAAAUGCCCAAGUUCCAUAUGCCCAAAUUUGGAAUUUUGCUACCCAAAGGGAAAGGUGUCCCAGAGGCAGAAAUCAGCAUCCCUUCUGUGGAAACAGACCUGCCCAAGACAGAAUUGAAAACGGAAAUAACAUUGCCCUCUGCACAGCUUGAAGCUGAACUUAAGCUGCCAGAAGUGGAGGUAGAUGCACCUAGCUUGGACAUGGAAAUUGGAGAUAAGGGCAAAAUCAAAAUGUCUGAAGCAAAGAUACCUAGCGUCAAGGUCCCCAAGGUCAAAGGGCCAGAGGUUGGUAUCUCCCUGCCAAAGGUUGAGGCUGAUGUCACCAUUCCCAAAGUAAAAGCUGAAGUGUCUGAUGGUGCAGAGGCUGUAAAAUUGCCAGAGGCUGAAGGCACCAUUGAAGGGGGAGAAGUGAAGAUACACAUGCCAAAGUUCAAGAUGCCCGGCAUGGGAUUCUCCAAACCAGACAUCAAGGACUCCAAAGUCGAUGUGGAUGUCAGUAUGCCUAAAGUGGAUCUUUCCCUUCCCGAAGCUGAGCUCCAUGUUAAGAAAUCUGAGGUGAAAGGACAAGAUAUUACCAUAUCAGCACCUGAAGUAAAGAUUCCAACGGGCUCAGCCAGCUUGGAACUGAAAGCUCCCGACAUAGCCGUAGAGCCUACAUCCGGAAAGGUUUCUGUGCACGGCCCCGAUGUCAAGUUGGAAAGUGGGGAUAUGAAAUUCCAAAUGCCCAAGUUCCAUAUGCCCAAAUUUGAAAUUUCACUGCCCAAAGGGACAGGUAUUCCAGAGGCAGAAAUCGGCAUCCCUUCUGUGGAAACAGACCUGCCCAAGACAGAAUUGAAAACGGAAAUAACAUUGCCCUCUGCGCAGCUUGAAGCCGAUAUUAAGCUGCCCGAAGUGGAGGUAGAUGCACCCAGCUUGGAUGUGGAGAUUGGAGAAAAGGGCAAAAUAAAAAUUCCUAAAGCAAAGAUGCCUAGGGUCAAGGUCCCCAGAGUCAAAGGGCCAGAGGUAGGGAUCUCCCUGCCAAAGGUUGAGGCUGAUGUCACCGUUCCGAAAGUAAAAGCUGAAGUGUCUGAUGGUGCAGAGGCUGUAAAAUUACGAGAGGCUGAAGGCACCAUGGAUAGGGGAGGACUGAAAAUACACAUGCCAAAGUUCAAGAUGCCCAGCAGGGUAUUGUCCAAACCAGACAUCAAGGGCCCCAAAGUCGAUGUGGAUGUCAGUAUGCCUAAAGUGGACAUUUCCCUUCCCGAAGUUGAGAUCCGGGUUGAGAAACCUGAGGUGAAAGGAAGAGAAAUUACCAUAUCAGCAUCUGAAGUAAAGAUUCCAACAGACUCGGGCAGCCUGGAUCUGAAAGCUCCCGACAUAGCCAUAGAGCCUCCAUCUGGAAAGUUUUCUGUGCAGGACCCCGAUGUCAAGCUGAAAAGCGGAGAUAGGAAGUUCCAAAUGCCCAAGUUCCAUAUGCCCAAAUUUGGAACUUCACUGCCCAAAGGGAAAGGUGUUCCAGAGGCAGAAAUCAGCAUCCCUUCUGUGGAAGCAGACUUACCAAAGACAGAAGUGGAAACAGAAAUAACAUUGCCCUCUGCGCAGCUUGAAGCUGAUCUUAAACUGCCCAAAGCGGAGGUAGAUGCUCCCAGCUUGGAUGUGGAGAUUGGAGAUAAGGGCAAAAUCAAAAUUCCUAAAACAAAGAUGCCUAGUGUCAAGGUCCCCAAGGUCAAAGGGCCAGAAGUAGGGAUCUCCCUGCCGAAGGUUGAGGCUGAUGUUGCCCUUCCAAAAGUAAAAGCUGAAAUGUCUGAUGGCGCAGAGGUAAAAUUGCUAGAGGCUGAAGGCACCAUCGAUGGGGGAGGACUGAAGAUACACAUGCCAAAGUUCAAGAUGCCCAGCAGGGGAUUGUCCAAACCAGACAUCAAGGGCCCCAAAGUCGAUGUGGAUGUCAGUAUGCCUAAAGUGGACAUUUCCCUUCCCGAAGCUGAGAUCCGGGUUGAGAAACCUGAGGUGAAAGGAAGAGAUAUUACCAUAUCAGGACCUGAAGUAAAGAUUCCAACGGACUCGGGCGGCCUGGAUCUGAAAGCUCCCAACAUAGCCAUAGAGCCUCCAUCUGGAAAGGUUUCUGUGCAGGACCCCAAUGUCAAACUGGAAAGCGGGGAUAGGAAGUUCCAAAUGCCUAAGUUCCAUAUGCCCAAAUUUGGAAUUUCGUUGCCCAAAGGAAAAGGUGUCCCAGAGGCAGAAACUGACAUCCCUUCUGUGGAAGCACACUUGCCCAAGAAAGAAUUAAAAAUGGAAAUAACACUGCCCUCUGCACAGUUUGAAGCUGAUCUUAAGCUGCCAGAAAUGGAGGUAGAUGCACCUAGCUUGGACGUGGAGAUUGGAGAUAAGGGCAAAAUUAAAAUGCCUGAAGCAAAGAUACCUAGCGUCAAGGUCCCCAAAGUCAAAGGGCCAGAAGUAGAGAUCUCCCUGCCGAAGGUUGAAGCUGAUGUUGUCCUUCCAAUAGUAAAAGCUGAGAUGUCUGAUGGUGCAGAGGCCAUAAAAUUACCAGAGGCUGAAGGCACCAUGGAUAGGGGCGGACUAAAGAUACACAUGUCAAAGUUCAAGAUGCCCAGCAUGGGAUUCUCCAAACCAGACAUCAAGGGCCACAAAGUCGAUGUGGAUGUCAAUAUGCCUAAAGUGGAUCUUUCCCUUCCCGAAGCUGAGCUCCAUGUUGAGAAACCUGAGGUGAAAGGAGGAGAUAUUACCAUAUCAUCACCUGAAGUAAAGAUUCCAACGGGCUCAGCUAGCUUGGAAUUGAAAGCUCCCGACAUAGCCAUAGAGCCUCCAUCUGGAAAGGUUUCUGUGCAGGACCCCAAUGUCAAACUGGAAAGCGGGGAUAGGAAGUUCCAAAUGCCUAAGUUCCAUAUACCCAAAUUUGGAAUUUCGCUACCCAAAGGGACUGGUGUCCAAGAGGCAGAAAUUGCCGUCGCUUCUGUGGAAACAGACUUACCGAAGACAGAAUUGAAAACGGAAAUAACAUUGCCCUCUGUGCAGCUUGAAGCUGAUCUUAAGCUGCCAGAAGUGGAGGUAGAUACACCCAGCUUGGAUGUGGAGAUUGGAGAUAAGGGCAAAAACAAAAUUCCUAAAGCAAAGAUGCCUAGUGUCAAGGUCCCGAAGGUCAAAGGGCCAGAAGUAGGGAUCUCCCUGCCAAAGGUUGAGGCUGAUGUUACCAUUCCCAAAGUAAAAGUUGAAGUGUCUGAUGGUACAGAGGCCAUAAAAUUGCCAGAGGCUGAAGGCACCAUGGAUAGGGGCGGACUAAAAAUACACAUGCCAAAGUUCAAGAUGCCCAGCAUUGGAUUCUCCAAACCAGACAUCAAGGGCCCCAGUGUCUAUGUGGAUGGCAGUAUGCCUAAAGUGGACCUUUCCCUUCUCGAAGCUGAGCUCCAUGUUGAGAAACCUGAGGUGAAAGGAGGAGAUAUUACCAUAUCAUCACCUGAAGUAAAGAUUCCAACGGGCUCAUCCAGCUUGGAAUUGAAAGCUCCCGAUGUAGCCGUAGAGAGUCCAUCUGGAAAGGUUUCUGUGCAGGGCCCCGAUGUCAAGCUGGAAAGCGGGGAUAGGAAGUUCCAAAUGCCUAGGUUCCAUAUGCCCAAAUUUGGAAUUUCGCUGCCCAAAGGGACUGGUGUCCCAGAGGCAGAAAUCGGCAUCCCUUCUGUGGAAACAAAGACACAAUUGAAAACAGAAAUAACAUUGCCCUCUGCGCAGCUUGAAGCUGAUCUUAAGCUGCCAGAAGUGGAGGUAGAUACACCCAACUUGGAUGUGGAGAUUGGAGAUAAGGGCAAAAUCAAAAUUCCUAAAGCAAAGAUGCCUAGCGUCAAGGUCCCGAAGGUCAAGGGGCCAGAAGUAGGGAUCUCCCCGCCAAAGGUUGAGGCUGAUGUCGCCGUUCCCAAAGUAAAAGCUGAAGUGUUUGAUGGUGCAGAGGCUGUAAAAUUGCCAGAGGCUGAAGGCACCAUCGAAGGGGGAGGACUGAAGAUACACAUGCCAAAGUUCAAGAUGCCUAGCAUUGGAUUCUCCAAACCAGACAUCAAGGGCCCCAAUGUCGAUGUGGAAAUCAUUAUGCCUAAAGUGGAUCUUUCCCUUCCUGAAGCUGAGCUCCAUGUUGAGAAACGUGAGGUAAAAGGAGUAGAUAUUACCAUAUCAGCACCUGAAGUAAAGAUUCCAACGGUCUCAGCCAGCUUGGAACUGAAAGCUCCCGACAUAGCUGUAGAGCCCCCAUCUGGAAAGGUUUCUGAUGUUAAAAUGGAAAGCAGGGAUAGGAAGUUCCAAAUGCCCAAAUUCCAUAUGCCCAAAUUUGGAAUUUCAAUGCCCAAAGGGAAAGGUGUCCCAGAGGGAGAAAUCAGCAUCCCUUCUGUGGAAGCAGAGCUGCCCAAGACAGAAUUGAAAACAGAAACAACAUUGCCCUCUGUGGAGUUUGAAGCUGAUCUUAAGCUGCCAAAAGUGGAGGUAGAUACACCUAGCUUAGAAGUGGAUAUUGUUGAGGGCAAAAUGAAAUUGCCUGACGUUAAGAUGCCUAGUGUCAAGGUCCCCAAGGUCAAAGGGCCAGAGGUUGGAAUCUCCCUGCCAAAGGUUGAGGCUGAUGUCACCGUUCCCAAAGUAAAAGUUGAAGUGUGUGAUGGUGCAGAGGCCGUAAAAUUGCCAGAGGCUGAAGACACCAUCGACAGGGGAGCACUGAAGAUACACAUGCCAAAGUUCAAGAUGCCCAGCAGGGGAUUGUCCAAACCAGACAUCAAGGGCCCCAAAGUCGAUGUGGAUGUCAGUAUGACUAAAGUGGACGUUACUCUUCCCGAACCUGAGCUCCAGUUUCAGAAACCUGAGGUGAAGGAAGGAGACAUCACCAUAUCAGAACCUGAAAUAAAGUUUGAAACAGGUUCGGCCAGCCUGGAACUGAAAGCUGCCGACAUAGCCAUAGAGCCUCCAUCUGGAAAGGUUUCUGUGCAGGGCCCCGAUGUCAAGCUGGAAAGCGGGGAUAGUAAAUUCAAAGUGCCCAAGUUCCAAAUGCCCAAAUUUGGUAUUUCAAAGUCCAAAGCGAAAGAUGUCCCAGAGGGAGAAGUCAUCAUACCUUCCAUGGAAGGAGACCUUCGCAAAACAAAUCUGCAAAUGGAAAUCACUCUGCCCUCUUCAGAGCUUGAAGCUGACAUGGAGGCCCCAAUCCUGCACGUGGACGUUGAAGAGAAGGGGAAGAUCAAAAUGCCUGAAGUGAAGUUGCCUAGUGUCAAGCCCCCAAAACUCACUGCACCAGAAGUAGACAUCUCCCUUCCAAAAGUUGAGGUAGACAUCUCCCUUUCCAAAGCUAAUGCCGAACUGCCUGAUUCUGAGGCCACCAGCAAAGUGGUGGAGGCAGAAGGCGGUCGUGAAAAAGGCAGGAUGAAAAUACACAUGCCAAAGUUCAAGAUGCCCAGCAUGGGGUUCUCCAAAUCUGAUAUCAAGGGACCCAAAAUAGAUGCAGAUGCCAGCAUGCCUGAUGUACACACCUCUCUUCCAAAAGUUGAGCUCAGCAUUACAAAACCCCAGCUUAAGACAGCUGAAUUGGAGGGCGACAUCGGAAUAGCAGCCCGUGAAGUAAAGAUUCCCUGGGUCCCAGUCACUGUGGAGCUGCAAGCUCCCAACAUAGAAGUACAAGCUUCUUCAGGAAAAGUUCCAGAUAUUGCUAUUGGCCUAUCAAAGGACCUUGAUGUUCCCCGGGUAAAAACAACAACGGAUAUUAUUGAUGUUGCAGUGGAAGCUCCAACAAUUGAAAUGGAGUCUGAUAUACUUGGUGAAAAAAAGAAUGUUUUGGAACAGAAAAUAAAAAUGCCCCAAAUUAUUAGAGCUGAUGUGAAGACUGCAGCAGUGGGAAUAUCAACUACUGAUAUUUCUGUCACACAGUCAGAAGUAGGCGUUCAGGAUUUACAUGGUGCAGGAAAGGAGCCAGAAACUAAGGGAGAGAUAAUUAAGGAAGGAAGUUUAGAUGGAGAAGAAAAGGCACAUUUCAAAAUGCCAAAAUUCAAAUUGCCAUCACUGAGCUGGUCUCCUAAAAAGGAAGCAAGCCUUAAAACAAAUAUAAAAGAACCUCUGGAAGAACCCAAACUGGACAUAGUAUCAGAUGAUACAGGCACAGAACCAAAAGUAACUCUUUCAGAAGAUCAAGGAGUUCAUACUGAUGGAAAUGUAGACAUAGCCACCAAAAAAGGUCAGAUAAAAAGACCUCAUUUAAUUAUGCCCAAAAUCUCACUGUCUAAGACAAAGCUACCAAAAGCAGAUGUGGAUAUAGUAGUGGAAGGUGAUGGAGCUUUGGUUCAAAUACCUGACAUAGAAAGCAGUUUUACUACAAGAAAAGUAGAGGAAACAGAAAUAAGUGUAAAAAUGCUGAAAGGUGAAAUCAAAGAAGAAACCAAAACAUUCCAGACAGAUACAGAUAUCAACUUAUUCAAAACUGAUAUUAAGGUGCCUAUGGCAAAAGGUUCAUUUGAACAGAAAUGUUUAGAAACAGAGUUCAAAGGUGACAUUUGUAUGGACAGUGCAAGUAUGAAAUCUGAUGGUACAGAGGGGGAGUUUAGGAUGCCAAAACUGAAAAUGCCAAAGUUUGGAAUUUCAGAUCUGUCAGAAAGUGAUCUGUCAGUCAGUGGAAUCACUUCACCAAAACCUAAAUCUGACGUCUCUCAGUUUCAGAUUACAGAAUAUGAUAAACUUGGUGGAAAAGCUCAGUCCUUACAAGUUAAAAGUGAUGAAGGAAUUUCUGAAGAAAUUCAGACUGAGGAAUCUCAGAGUUGGUUUAAAAUGCCCAAAUUCAAAAUGCCUUCAUUUGGUCGAACUUCAAAGACAAGAAAAAGUGAUGCUGAAACUGAAGACAUCACUGGAGAAGCUCAUGUUACUGAAUUACAAGUUGAAGUAAAAUCUCCUAAAGUUGUAACCAUCUCAAGGGAACCUGACAGUGAAAAAAACAUCUCAAAAGAAAAAGUCAUGCUUCCUCAAGAGGAUGUUAUAGUACAGAAAAAAAAGCAAUCUACCACUGACCAAUUAGUGGGUGAAGGCAGUUUUUUACACUCCUCAGAAAAAAUUGGCAGAAAACCUAGUGACCUGGAAUCCAAAAUGUAUGCUAAUGUAGUUAAAGAUGGUGCAGAAGGACAAAGUUCUCAAACUGAAUUCAUUGGCACUGUCCCAAAGAUGGAUAUUGACAGAAACAUCCCUAGAAGUGAGAUGCCCAUUCAGCAACCUGAAAUCAUGGAUACUAUGGCAGUGACUGAAAUACCAUCUACUGAAAUUACUAUGGGAAGGAAAAUCGAUGCUAUUAUUACAGACACAGAGCCUUUGCAAAGCCUUGAUACACAACCUGAAGAGAUGGGGACUGAAAAGAAGUCACCAAAAAAGGAUUCUCAAGGAAAAGAAAGUAUAUUCAAAAUGCCAACAUUCAGUGUGCCUUUGUUUGGAUGGUCUACCACAAAGAGCAAUGCCAUUGUUCCCGGUAUUGAAUCUGACCUAGAAGAGCCUGUUGUUACUCUUUCCAAAGUUAAAAUGGAUGUUUCAAUCACUGAUGAAGACUUUGAAAUCAUUGAUUUCCCAGUUGAGGGCUUUGAAAAAGAUUUGCCUAAAGAAGGUGAAGUGAAAGCAGAAGAGAAAGAGAAAACAAGUAAAACAAAAGCAUCUAAAUUCAAGAUACCAAAAUUUGCCAACUUGCGCAGUAAAUCUCAGGGUGCAGGAAUUCAGGUUGAUUCACCAAAAGAGCAGAUUGAGGUGUCAUUAGUUAAAUCUGAGGAAGAAAUCCAAGUUCAGGAUAAAAAAACUGGAGAUGCAGAAGUAAGUUUCCAAAUGCCCAAAUUCAAAAUGCCGAAGUUCACACAUAGAAUUUCUGAAGGAGAAAAACUGAUUUCAGAAGAGACAAUGGAGAUAAAGGAUACUACUGAUGAUGAUAUUUCUCAAUUGCAGUUCAAGACUAUGUUCCCUGAAGAUAAAGGAGAUGAUAAAGGAGAUGAUAUUCAGAAAUCAAAAGUCAGAAUUACAACAUUGUCUGAACCUGCCAUUCAAAGACCACAAGUUGGAAGUAAAUUCCCAUCUACAGACUCUUCUUUUGCAGAUACAACAGUAUAUCUGUAUAAACAAGUGCCAAAGGAAUUCAGUGCUGAAUUUUUUACAGAGAAAAUAGACACUAUAGACGGUAACAUUCAAAAGUCAGUCACUAAAAUUACAACACCGAAGGAGCCAGAUAUUCAAAGAGCACCACUUGAAAUUAAACUUCAGCCUGAAGAUCCAUUUAGCUCAAGUGCAUCAGUACAGGUUAAAGGAUCAAUCACUGACAGUAAAGAAAUAAAAAUAGAAAGUAAAUCUACCUUUGGCUCUGGUGAUGAUGCUGAAACACAGGAAACUUUCUCCACUCAAAUAGUAAAAGAAUCUGAGAUUCCUCCAUCAGAAGUUAAAACUGCUGCCUUUGGAUUUUCACUUCGCAAAGUGAAAAUCCAGGAAUCACAUGUGAGCUUAGAUGUACCAAUCAAGUUGUCUUCUACAAAAUGUAUGGGUGAAAUAUUUGAGGAUAAGGAUCAUCAACUUUCAGGUACAGGAGAAGCAGCACAAAAGGCUGGUUUGAGUGAAGUGAAACCAUCUGAUAAAGAUAAGGAUGUAACUUAUGAAUUUACUGAAGGAACAUCUGCUGCUGCAACACUGACAAAGCUUAAAUCCUUUACAGUUGACAUACAAUCUUCUAGUGAAUUUGCAGAGAGUCACUCUGAGUCAAUAGAGAUAUCUAAAUCUGCUACAGAAACUGCAGAAGAAACAAUAUUUACAAGUAGCACAGAUGAGGUCACAGAUGAAAAAGAAAAACUUGAUAGUAAGAGAUCUGGUAAAUUUAAACUUUGGUUUCCAAGUAUUGGGUUUUCUUCCACUACCGAUGACUCAACAUCAGAUUCAAAACCUGAAGCUUUACAGAAAGUUCAGCCAGAUGAUUCAUCCAAAUUAGAUAGUGAUACCGCCAAAGAAGCGGACAAAACAGGAUGGUUUAAAUUUCCUAAGUUAGGUUUGUCAUCUCCAACAAAAAAGAGCAAGGAAAUGGACAAAGAAAAGGAAACAGAUUCAGAAGAAGAAAAAGAUGAAGAAAGUCUAACAGAAAAAAAUGAAACUUUCUUUGAUGCUCAGGAAACCUUAUCACUCACAGAGAAAGAAGAAAAUGAAACCUCAGGUGAUACAUCAUCAGAGCCCAUUGUUUCAUCUUCAGCAAGAACUGAAUUGAUCCUUUUAGAGAAAGGGAAAGCCAAACCCAAAUACGCUCCUGAAGACUCAUCAAAAUAAAAUUGUUUCUUCGUCCAUAUGAAAUUACAAUAUCAUCCUGAAAAGUAUUUUAAAAAAUUAGAAAAUAAUAUUGCCUUCAUUUCAGCAAAAUAAAUAGAAUGCUACCCACAUGAUCUUUAAAAUACUUUAUAUUGCAAUAGUGUUUAUAAGCUCAUGGAAUAGUCUUUCAUGACUUCCCAGAAACAUUUGUUACCUGCAGUAUGAAAUACAUGUAUACAAAAAUCCAGACAGAUGAUGGACCCCUACCAUUGAAUAAAAUCCAUAGUUCCAAUGAAACCAACUAAGAUAUUUUCUGCUAAUUUCUGUAGAGAUCUUAUUUUGCCAAAUCUAUUUUAGAGGAACCAAAGCAAAGCAAGAGAUUAGAUAUACUUUUUCUGAAAAUUACAAUGAUUUUAUUUGGGAUUAUUUGCAAAAUGUAAUAAGUUAGUGCUGAGAGAAAUAGAAAUCUAUUUCUCCUUUUUCAGAUUUUAUUUUAAUUAUAUUUAUGCUGCUAUCUUAUUAAAAACAUUAUUCUUUGAAUACUCAGAGAUUAUUGUAAACUGUAGAUAAAUGGAAAUAAAUGUUAUAAAAGUUA